GUUUCACGUGUUGAUCAUCGCGGAGGAGAAGAGCUGAGAGAUGUCGCACACUGACGGGAUUGUGAAAGCGAAGACGCGUCGCUCCAAGCGCUUCCUGGAGAGCCGCGAGUCCAAGCUGAAGGAGAACCCGAAGAACAGCAUGAUCAUCAAGGGAGGAAACACCAGCAGCACUGUCAGCCAGGCACUGAAGGAUGUGUACGCCCUGAAGAAGCCCAACGCCGUGCUCUACAAGAAGAAGAAUAUGGUGCGUCCGUUUGAGGACUCCACGGCUCUGGAGUUCUUCUCCAAGAAAUCCGACUGUUCCCUGUUUCUGUUCGGCUCACACAACAAGAAGAGGCCCAACAACCUCAUAUUCGGACGCAUGUUUGACUUCCAUGUGCUGGACAUGUUUGAGCUCGGCAUCGAGAACUUCAGGUCCCUCACAGACAUCAAGAUGGACAAGUGUCCAGAAGGAACUAAACCCAUGCUGGUGUUUGCGGGAGAUCUGUUUGAGACAGACCGAGAGUAUCAGCGCUUGAAGAGUGUGCUGACAGAUUUCUUCUGUGGGCCGAGAGUGUCAGCGGUGCGUCUGGCUGGACUGGAGCAUGUGCUGCACUUCACUGCACUGGAGGGAAAGAUCUACAUGCGCAGCUACAAAGUGCUGCUGAAGAAGUCCGGCUGCCGGACCCCCAGGAUUGAGCUGGAGGAGAUCGGGCCCUCAUUCGACUUCACCAUGAGGAGGAACCACACCGCCUCUGACGACCUGUACAAGACGGCACACAGACAGCCUAAAGGAGCCAAGCCCAAGAAGAAGAAGAACAUUUCCCAUGAUGCCUUUGGCACCAGGCUGGGCCGGCUGCACAUGCAGAAGCAGGACCUGAACAAGCUGCAGACGCGCAAGAUGAAGGGCCUGAGGAAGAGGAGAGCGGAGCACACACCCGACACACACGCCGCCAAAACACCACGAACACAGGACGACGACGCAUGAGAGAGAGAGAGAGAGAGAGUGUGUGUGUGUGUGUGUGUGUGUGUGUGUUUGUGAGAGUGUGUGUGUGUGUGUGCGCAAGAGAGAACGCGAGAGAGCGCGAGAGAAUGUGUGCCAGACAGUCAGUCACUGUGCGUGUGUGUGUGUGCGCGUGUGUGCCAUACUUUCUCCUCAUGUCUGUCAAUCGUUAAGACACGCCCUCAUUAUAGAGCUCUGGCCCCGCCCACCGCACCAGUUUCCAGCAGUGUGAAUAAUGAACAGCAGCAGAACAAACCUCUGCUGUCAACACCUCUGACUCUGACAGGCUUCACCAUCAUCAUCAUUUACUGGCUCUGUGCUGUAGAUGUUGGAAGUCUUCAUUUCAGAAUGUAAAGCAGAGAUGUUUAAUAUCCAGCUGAUUUAUAUUGCCAAUAAAACGAUAGAAGAAUCAUAUCUGCAUCUGCUCUGGAGUGUGUUAGCGGACUGCACAGCUUUGAAAUGGAUCAGGGAUCGUGAUGAUGUACUUAUAAUACUGUAAUGUGUGUGUUCUGAAGUGCAGAUGCUACUGGUCAUCACACAAACACAUUUACUCAUGAAAAAUUAAUUAAUUGAUUGAUAACCCAGACAAAAGCUGCGUCACAUCGGUCAUUUGAGUUGUGUGAUUGACUGAAGGAUUUCUCACAGUUGUGUCUUUGGCAGACGCACACACUUUAUCCAUUCUUGUUUUCCACAGGAAUCAAACCCACAGCCUUGGUGUUUCUAGUGCCAACACAUUACAAAUGUUUACUGCAUGUUUUUCUGCUAAAUUAAAUGAUAAUAAACGUCUGUCAGCCUA